AUGGUUGCAUCACGUAACCCCCAAACAGCUCGCUUCUGCUGGCAGUACCUUCAGCUAGAGCAAUCCUUGGACUUCCCCGACGGCGAGCUCCUCCGCGAUGAGGCCGUCCAGGAGACCAUCUACCAGCAGCUCUUUGCGCCCAACGCACCGACACCCCUUCCUCCGGCGCGGUACCGGCUGCGCGUCCUGAAGGAGCUCACUUCCCGGAUAGAAUCUGCGAUCGAGGAUUGGGAAACGCAUGGUAUUUCGGAUAACCUGAUGGACGCCAUGGCCGAGCUCGUUGCGCAGCCGCUGCCGAGUGAGGCAGAGGCUGCCCAGGAGAGGUGCUACGUUACAUACUAUCUGUCGUUGCUGGAAGGAGGACUGGAGAAGCCGCACAUCACGCUGCUGGAGUCAAGAUCGCUCAUUUCUGCGUCUGGGACGACCGGCCUUAGGACCUGGGAGGCGGCGCUGCAUCUUGGACAAUUCCUCUCCGUUAACUCGGGACUCGUCAAGGACAAACGUGUGCUUGAGCUGGGCACUGGCACUGGAUACUUGGCUGUUCUCUGUGCUAAGUAUCUCGGGACCAGUCAUGUCAUUGCCUCUGACGGUUCAGAGGAGGUCGUUGAGAAGCUCUCAGACAACCUCUUCGUCAACGGACUUCAAGACUCGGACAAAGUGCAGCCAAUGGAGCUUAAAUGGGGCCAUGCUCUGCUGGGGACCGAGGAAGAACACUGGAACGGAGGACGCAAGAUAGAUGUUGUCCUCGGCGCAGACAUCACCUAUGAUGUGAGCGUCAUUCCGGCGCUGAUAGCGACGCUAGAGGAGCUGGUAGACUUGUAUCCCGGCAUCUCCAUCAUCAUUGCUGCGACCGAGAGGAACAGGGAGACGCCCACUCGGCCCGCGCGCAGCAAAAAUCCCCAGGCAAAGGAAAAUCCCACUUCGAAACCACCCGGUAUCGAGAUCGUGGAAGUCUCGCAACAUCGACGACCCCCAACCGCGAAGAUGGCCGACACCGACUCCCCGGUAACGUUGCGCACGCGCAAGUUCAUCCGCAACCCUCUGCUUUCCCGCAAGCAGAUGGUCGUUGACAUCCUCCACCCUGGCCGCCCCAACAUCUCCAAGGAUGAGCUCCGCGAGAAGCUGGCCACCAUGUACAAGGCCCAGAAGGACCAGGUCAGCGUGUUCGGCCUGCGCACGCAGUACGGUGGCGGCAAGACCACCGGCUUUGCCCUCAUCUACGACUCGCCCGAGGCCUUGAAGAAGUUUGAGCCGCGCUACCGGCUGGUGCGCGCUGGCCUGGCCGCCAAGGUUGAGAAGGCGAGCAGACAGCAGCGCAAGCAGCGCAAGAACCGCCUCAAGACCCUGCGCGGCACGGCGAAGGUCAAGGGCGCCAAGGCCAAGAAGGAGAAAUGA